UCCGAAACAACUUCCUUCUGUGAAUGCAACUCCACACACCCAGGAGAACAGAAAACUACACAGCCGACCUUCAUCUGACGCUCAUAAAAAUAUAUAUAUAUAUAUACACAUUUAUUUUAUCCUUUAUUUCACGUUUUACUUCGUGAAGCGCGAGGUAUUUAUUAAUUCAGUUUAUUAUUAUUAUAAUUAUUAUUAUAAUUAUUAUUAUUAUUGUAGAGGUAUAACACGCCAUCGAGGAAAAAAAAACACAAACCUCAAAAGAAAAAAUAAAAACAAACGCGGGGUUUGGAUCCCGAAUUUCACGACACGAAUACGUCUUUGUUAAAUUUUUAAUUUUUAAUUUUCUUUUCCUCACUUUAGUUCUGGCGGCUUUUUUUAAAUUUUUAUUUAUUUAUUUAUUUAUUUUCAAAAAGUCAGUUCUGAGGUAACGCGUCGGCGCGUGCGGCGGCCGUUGGUCGUUUUUUUUUUUUUUUUUUUUUAAAAAAAGGCGUUUUAAUUAUUAUUAUCGUUGUUGAUAUUUAUUUAUUUGUAUUAAUAUAAAUUAGUUUUUUUUUUUUUAAAUUGUUCAAAUGAUGAGCGUUAAUAACGAAAGAGCCGUGAGCGUCCUUAAAGAGAUCCGUCAGAAACACGGCAACAGCGUUUGCGCGGACUGCGGAGAGACAGAUCCGGAAUGGGCUUCGUGUUCCUUGGGAAUUUUCGUCUGUCUCACCUGUUCUGGAAUCCAUCGGAACAUUCCCAAACUGAGUAAAGUGAAAUCUUUAACCCUCGCGCGAUGGGAGGACUCAGAGAUCGAGUUCAUGGCUGAAAAUGGCAAUACUGCGGUCUGUGCAAAAUACGAAGCUGAGGUUCCAGUGUAUUACUACAGACCGACGCAAAAGGACUGCCAGGUUUUGAAAGAGCAGUGGAUUCGAGCAAAGUACGAACGAGAGGAGUUCACUGCAGGAGGAGGGGAGGACCUGCCCUACGAGAAAGGCUCCAGAGAGGGGCUGCUGUGGAAGAGAGGACGGGACAACGGGCAGUUCCUGCACAGGAAAUUCGUGCUGUCAGAGAGAGACGGGACCCUGAAAUACUUCCACAGACACGAUGCCAAGGAGCCCAAAGCCAUCAUCAAAGUGGACACCCUGAACGCCACCUUCCAGCCAAGCAAGAUAGGGAACCCCAACGGCCUGCAGCUGAGCUUCCUGAAGGACUACAGCACCAGAAACAUCUUCAUCUACCAUGAGAACAGCAAGGAGAUCGUUGACUGGUUCAAUUCUAUCAGGGCUCUUCAGCUUCGGUACUUACAGGUUGCCUUUCCUGGCGCGAGCGAUUUAGAAUUGAUGCCGAAACUGACCAGGAACUUUCUCAAAGAAGGCUACAUGGAGAAAACCGGACCGCGGCACACAGAAGGGUUUAAGAAGCGCUGGUUCACGCUGGAUCACAGGCGCCUCAUGUAUUUCAAGGAUCCGCUGGACGCCUUUGCAAAGGGAGAGGUGUUCAUUGGUCACCGGGACCUGGGCUACAGCGUGAAGGCGGGACUUCCUGCUGGGACCCACUGCAACGGCGCCUGGCAACACGGCAUCACCAUAGCAACGCCGGAACGCAGCUUCCUGCUUACCUGUGAGACCGAGAGAGACCAGCAAGACUGGAUCAGCCACUUCGAGAGCCUGCUGCAGCGCACCAUGUCGCCACAAGAGUACGCCAUGGAGGCUGUCUUCAAACACAAGCCCUGAUCGCCGUCGGAAACCAAGCGACCUUUCACCUCCGCGCGACAACUUCCUUCCUGCGUUUUGAGCUCUGAUGACUUCCUGUGUGUCGGACUGUAUUGUCAUGUCUGUUUUUUUUUUUUUUUUUUUUUUUGUCCUUGUUGUUGGGGGGGGGCGGUUAAAGGUGUCGCACCUGAGGUUAUUUUUAAAACGCCCAUUUCCUGGCGUUUGGCUUUUUGUGCCCUUUUCACUGCUGCCUGUAUCAUUGUGUAGUUGAUUUUUUUAAUUCCCUAGAAAUUUACUUUUCUGAAUGUGCUACAUCAGUGAUUUCCUACCCCGGUCGUUUUAUUAGACGUCUCAUCCGAAGGACGGAGCACAAGGAGGUGAAGCGACUCGCUCAGGGUCACACACACACACACACACACACACACACACACACACACACACACACACACAGGGAGUCAGUGGCUGCUGCAGAGUCACUUCCAAUAGGAGCUCGUUUGUUUGACGUCUCAUCCGAAGGACGGAGCACAAGGAGGUGAAGCGACUCGCUCAGGGUCACACACACACGCAGACACACACACACACACACACAGGGAGUCUGGCUGCUGCAGAGUCACUUCCAAUAGGAGCUCGUUUGUUUGACGUCUCAUCCGAAGGACGGAGCACAAGGAGGUGAAGCGACUCGCUCAGGGUCACACACACACACACACACACACACACACACACACACACACACACACACACACACAGGGAGUCUGGCUGCUCCAGAGUCACUUCCAAUAGGAGCUCGUUUGUUCGACGUCUCAUCCGAAGGACGGAGCACAAGGAGGUGAAGCGACUCGCUCAGGGUCUCACACACACACACACACAGACACACACACACACACACACACACAGUGAGUCGGUGGCUCAGCCGGGAUUUGAACCUCCUGGUAUCAAGACCCCCUUUCUCUAACCGCUGGGACGAGCGAACCUCCUUUUUUUCCAGCUUUUAAACAGUUGCAGAUUUCAACUUUAACUAUCAUAUGUUAUAAAGAACUUGAAAGGUUUUUUAAAUUAUUUUUAGGAGCUGAGAACAAUUAAAAAGAUCUAAUUCAGCUAAUUCUGAGUUCGAUUCAGGGUGUGGUUCAGUAAUUGAGAGCUCAGGGUGGAUGAAAAGCAGCCGAACCAGCAGGGGGACCCUCGAAAAUCUCUAUUACACUACAGCAUGUAUAUUCUGACACGGUACGCACUGAUUGUAACCCCGUGUGUGUGUGUGCGUGCGUGCAUGCGUGUGUGUGUUUCUUUCUCUAAGCUUGCUAAAGCAGGAUCAUUUACUAAAACAAUUACUAAAGGCCAACAAGAUGCUCGGAUAUAUUGUGAGAAGUGUUGAAUUUAAAUCAAGGGAAGUAAUGUUAAAACACUACAAUGCAUUAGUAAGACCUCACCUAGAAUAUUGUGUUCAGUUCUGGUCACCUCGUUACAAAAAGGAUAUUGCUGCUCUAGAAAGAGUGCAAAGAAGAGCAACCAGAAUUAUCCCGGGUUUAAAAGGCAUGUUGUAUGCAGACAGGCUAAAAGAAUUGAAUCUGUUCAGUCUUGAACAAAGAAGACUACGCGGCGAUCUGAUUCAAACAUUCAAAAUCCUAAAAGGUAUAGACAAUGUCGACCCAGGGGCCUUCUUUGACCUGAAAAAAGAAACAAGGACCAGGGGUCACAAAUUAGAUAAAGGGGCAUUCAGAACAGAAAAUAGGAGGCACUUUUUUACAGAGAAUUGUGAGGGUCUGGAACCAACUCCCCAGUAAUGUUGUUGAAGCUGACACCCUGGGAUCCUUCAAGAAGCUGCUUGAUGAGAUUCUGGGAUCAAUAAGCUACUAACAACCAAACGAGCAAGAUGAGCUGAAUGGCCUCCUCUCGUUUGCAAACUUUCUUAUGUUCUUAUGUUCUUAUUAUUUUCCAUUGAACUGUGUAUAAAGUCACACUUACUAGCUUGAAUCCUUUUUAGAAUUAUUAAUUGUAAUUUGUUUUAAAUGUACUAACAUCAAACGUGUUAUGAAUGGGGGGAAAUUAAUGGAAUAAAUCACGUAUUGUAAUAAGAUUUGAA